AUGGCUUGUGCUAAUGACACCAGAAGCAAAGAUGCGACGGGGAAAUUCCUUGCUCGCGAUGCACGCGUCUUGGCCAUGUUUGCAAACCGCGUAGUCCGGAGAAAGAUGCAAACGUAUCGCGCGGACCGAGUGCGCCGCGACGGCCACGUGCAUCGCGCUCCCGGGGCGGCUUGUUUUAGGAAGAAAAAAUGUGACGAAUGCCGUCCUCGCUGCAGUGAUUGCCGCCGUUUGAAUCUCAGUUGUCAUUGGUUAGUGGGUGCCACCACUGUCGAAGCAGACAGACCCGAAACCAGUGAUGCGUGCUCUCCUUCCUGUCUUCCGACGCUUUCUGCUGAGAUCGUUCCGAACAAUGAUCCCGAACCCGAAGGGGAUUUGUCUACGCCGAGGCCCAUAACACCCUUCGACGCUGAAGACUUCAUUGCCACGCUCUUUCCUCACCCCUUGCCCAGGACGAGUGCUGUCACACCACCUCUCAGCCAAUUAUCUAUCUCCAUAAACCCCUAUUUACGCACAGACGAAGAACGAUCGCUCUUCAAUCACUACAUCCACGUCGUUUCAAGGGCGCUUUGCCGCUCGGGUGAUAAAGAGAAUAACCCUUUUCUGGUCACACUUUUACCAUUGGCAGCAGUUUCGGAUACCGUAACUAGUGUGAUAUUGAGUUUGAGUGGUUGCCAUUGGAAGAGAGUUUACCCAACCAUUUGGGGGACUGCAUUGACUCGACAGGGACAAGCAUUGGCCCAAGUAAACGAUCUGCUCGGUUGCUCGGAUAAGCAAUCUAUAUUUGCAUCAUGCGCCACGGUGCUCUUGUUAUGCCUCACCGAAUUGUUCGACGGCACAUCCCGGGUUUGGAAGUGGCAUCUGAAAGCCGCCAGCGCAAUUUUGAAGUCAGCAGCAUUCCAAUCGCUUAUCUCGACGGAUGAGUGGAAAUUCUGCAUCAGUCUGUUUCAUUAUCUAGAUUCCAUGUCGACCAUUUCUCGCUGCAAAGCACCGCUAUUGCAAAGCGAUGACAGCGUGAUAGAAUUGUGCAGAUCGGUUCGUCAGAGCAGUGUGCCAGAGCUAUGCCACAGCGAUUCAGCAGAUGCUAUUUACGGCAUAUCCCCUGCCCUUUUUGACUUGUUGGGCAUGGUGAAUUUGCUAGCCAACCAACGCAUCAGGCGUGUCGAUGAGUUAUCCGAGAUUGGCUUCCGAGCAGCAGCAACGCAUAUUGAAGAUAGGAUCGACGAAUGGCGCACCGGACACGAUCGUGGAGUUUCAGGUGCUUCACCUCGUGAAAACAAAUCAGAUACGGACCGUGCUACGACUGCUUUUGAAUGGGCGAUUCGACUUCGGCUCCAUCAGAUUGUCGAAGGUUAUGACGCCCUUCAUGGGUUUGUGGAACGCGCAGUCACCAUGAUCCUCGACUCUGUUCAGGCGAUUCCAUAUGCUAGCAGGAUCGAGGGGUGUCUUCUUUUCCCUCUUGUUAUCGCUGGGUCAAGCAGUAUCAGCGUUGAACGACGGAUGAUGGUUAAAGAACGGCUUAUGGUGAUGGAAAGCACUCUUGGAUUUAGCCAUAUCCAUCACGCACGCCAAUUAUUGGAGACAUUGUGGAAGGGAGCUAACAGUGCUUCGGAUUUGAACUGGGCUGCCGUCAGAUAUAGCCAGUUUCCAGGCGUAGUGUUUAUUUAA